AACUGCUGUGUCCCGCCGGUUUCCCGCGCGCCGUUCGUUUCGCUGCCUUUGGGGUUCCUCCCCGCCCGGCAGCGCGGCGGUUGUUGACGCGUUGCUUAGCGACGGGCGCGCGGCCCGGCCGGUGGCACAGGGUCCGCGUGCCGAUUCUCGCCCGCUGCGGGGAGAUGGUAGUGGAGGAAGCGGGCUGCGGCCCCGCCAAGCCCUCGGGGAACAGGCGGCCCCAGAAGCAGGAGCCGCUGGGACACGUGAAGAAAAGCAAGCAGCAGGUCUCUGACGGCUUCACUGUCAAAGCCAUGAUGAAAAACACUGUGGUGCGGGGGCCCCCACUUGCAGGAGCAUUUAAAGAGAGACCAACAAAGCCCACAGCAUUUCGCAAGUUUUAUGAACGAGGAGACUUCCCCAUUGCUGUUGAGCAUGAUACGAAAGGGAACAGAAUAGCAUGGAAGGUAGAAAUUGAGAAGCUGGACUACCAUUAUUAUCUGCCUUUGUUUUUUGAUGGACUUUGUGAAAUGACAUUUCCAUAUGAGUUUUUUGCUCGUCAAGGAAUCCAUGACAUGCUGGAACAUGGUGAAAACAAGAUUCUUCCUGUCAUUCCUCAGCUCAUUAUCCCAAUAAAAAAUGCACUGAGCCUUCGAAACCGACAGGUCAUCUGCAUCACACUGAAAGUCCUCCAGCACCUGGUGGUAUCAGCAGACAUGGUGGGAGAAGCCUUAGUGCCCUAUUAUCGGCAAAUCCUCCCAGUCCUAAACAUCUUUAAGAACAUGAAUGUUAAUUCAGGAGAUGGGAUAGACUACAGCCAGCAGAAGCGUGAAAAUAUUGGAGAUCUGAUUCAAGAGACACUGGAAGCCUUUGAGCGCUACGGUGGAGAAACUGCUUAUAUAAACAUUAAGUACAUGAUCCCUACUUACCAGUCGUGCAUAUUAAACUGAGUGGUAUCAAAUGGGAUGAUUCCAUUUGUGUUUAAAAAUAACCAAAAACCUGUGUCUGACUCUGUGUGGCAUCUUGUUAGUCAUGCUUUUUUUCUGUACAGCUGCUAAAAUAGUGGCUUCUGGGGCAUUAGAGUGUUAGUACUAUUGUGAACAAGUCUUUCCAACACAUAAAUAGUGCCUGUUCCUUUGAUUACAAUGGUGUACUGUGCUUGUUUGUUCCGUGAAAGAAUUGCUUCUUUAUGGCAGAACUGACUCGAGCAGGAAUCAGAGUUAAACCUUCAGUUGUGUAGACAAUAAAACUAUAAUUUUCAUAUGCAA